ACGGGGGGAGGGGACCCGCCCCCUGGCCCCGGCCUCCCGGCCCAGAGCGGUAGAGGCUGUCCUCCCCUCCCCGUCCUCCCCUGCCCCCCUCGUCCCCCCCAAGCCAGCAAGGGGGGAGGGCCCGGUCUGUCCCCCCUCUCCCCUGUCACUUGUCCCCAAGAGCCCGGGGCCGGGGCGACUAUGAACAGCUAACCCGCGGAGGCCGGCUCAAUCUCACCGCAACGGGAAAGUGGAGGCCGGGAAGGGAGGCCCAGCGCUGCUUAAAAUCUGAGUCCCCGGGGAGGGGAGGCCAUGGCCACCUACUACCAGGUGCUGGGCGUCCCGCCGGCGGCCUCCGCGGAGGACAUCAAGAAGGCCUACCGCAAGCUGGCCCUGCGGUGGCACCCGGACAAGAACCCCAGCCUCAAAGAGGAGGCCGAGAAGAGGUUCAAGCAGGUCUCCGAGGCCUACGAGGUCCUGUCGGACUCCAAGCGGCGGGCGGCCUACGACAGGACCGGCUGUGACACCUGGCGGGCGGGCGGCGGAGGCAGCGGCGGCGGAGGCCGGGGCGGAGGCCGGGGCGGAGGCCCUAACGUCCCCUACGGAGGCGGGGGCAGCCCGUUCGAGGCCGGCUACAGCUUCCGCAACCCGGAGGACAUUUUCCGCGAGUUCUUCGGCGGCCUCGACCCUUUCUCCUUCGACUUCUGGGACUCCCCUCUCGGGGGCGGCGGAGGCCGGGCCUCCGGGGGCGGCGGAGGCCGGGCCUCCGGGAACGGAGGCCGGGGCCUCCGCGGGGCCUUCUCCGCGGGCUUCGGGGAGUUCCCGGCCUUCAUGGAGGCUUUCUCGUCGUUCGACGCGCCCGGCCGGGGCGGGGGCAGCCGCACGGCCUUCUCCUCGGCCUCCUUCGGAGGCUCGGCCGGAGGCAGCUCGGGCUUCAGGUCGGUGAUGUCGUCCACGGAGGUCGUCAACGGCCACAAGGUCACCACGAAGAGGGUCGUGGAGAACGGGCAGGAGAGGGUGGAGGUCGAGGAGGACGGGCAGCUCAAGUCGGUCACCAUCAACGGCAAGGAGCAGCUGAAGCGCGUCGACAACAAGUAGAGGCCGGGCCUCCCCGCCGGGCCUCCUCCUCCUCCCCCCCCCAGCCGCCGGGCCGCCUCCCUUAGAGGCUUUGAAUAAAUGUGCCAAGUGAGUUCGUGCAGA